AAGAGAUCUAACCAUCGAUUAGACAGCGAUUGACUGUAGAGACUAAAGAGACGCUCAUUUGGUGGGAAGCGAUGGCAACUCAAGACAAGUUGACGCGAAUAGCGAUCGUGAAUACAGACAAAUGCAAACCCAAGAGGUGUCGACAGGAGUGCAAGAAGUCGUGUCCAGUCGUACGGAUGGGAAAGCUCUGCAUAGAAGUGACGCCAAACGAUAAGAUCGCGAAGAUUAGCGAAGACCUGUGCAUCGGAUGCGGUAUAUGUGUGAAGAAGUGUCCCUUCGAAGCCAUUACUAUCAUUAAUCUGCCGUCCAAUCUGUCGCGAGACACGACCCAUCGUUACGGACAAAACACAUUCAAAUUGCAUCGAUUGCCGACUCCCAGACCCGGAGAGGUGUUGGGUUUGGUCGGAACCAAUGGUAUCGGCAAAUCCACGGCUCUUAAGAUAUUAGCCGGAAAAUUGAAGCCCAACUUAGGUCGUUACGGCACAGACCCACCCGAUUGGACAGAGAUAUUGACUCACUUUAGAGGAUCCGAACUCCAGAACUAUUUCACCCGUAUAUUAGAGGACGAACUAAAAGCCAUAAUUAAACCCCAAUAUGUGGACCAAAUCCCGAAAGCCGUGUCCGGAAUGGUGGACACACUGUUGGACAAGAAGAAUGAAAGAGACAACAAGAAGUUUGUGUGCAAAAUGUUAGACCUCUCGGAAACAAUUUGCAGUCGAAAUGUGGGUGAAUUGAGUGGUGGAGAACUGCAACGCUUUGCCAUUGCAAUGGUGUGCAUACAAAACGCCGAUAUCUUCAUGUUUGACGAGCCCUCCAGUUAUCUGGACGUUAAGCAAAGGCUGAAGGCGGCCGAAACCAUCCGAGACCUGAUCCAAUCGGACAAAUAUAUCAUUGUUGUCGAACACGACUUAUCUGUUUUGGACUAUUUAUCGGACUUUAUCUGUUGUCUAUACGGCGUUCCCGGGGCUUACGGUGUGGUCACUUUGCCCUUCUCUGUUAGAGAGGGUAUCAAUAUAUUCCUCGACGGUUUUGUGCCGACAGAGAACCUGCGGUUCAGAGAGACGGCGCUUGUGUUCAAAGUGUCGGAAACGGCCACCGAAGAGGAGGUGAAGCGCAUGUGUCAGUACGCGUACCCGGCGAUGGUUAAGCACUUGGGCAAGUCGUUUGAGCUGAGUGUACAACCGGGCACUUUCACCGACUCGGAGAUCAUCGUUAUGUUGGGAGAGAACGGCACCGGAAAGACGACAUUCAUCCGAAUGCUCGCCGGAAACCUGAAGCCCGAUGAGGGCGAGAGCGAUGUGCCGACGCUUAACAUCAGUUAUAAGCCGCAGAAGAUUAGUCCCAAAUCUCAGGGCACAGUCCGUAUGCUGUUGUUCGAUAAGAUCCGCGAUUUCUUCAAUCACCCGCAGUUUCAGGCAGAGGUCGUCAAACCCCUGCAGAUCGAGAACAUCAUAGACCAGGAAGUGGUGAACCUAUCGGGAGGAGAGCUGCAGAGAGUGGCACUCGUGCUGUGUUUGGGCAAACCGGCCGACGUGUACCUCAUUGACGAGCCGUCGGCUUAUUUGGAUUCGGAGCAGCGUUUGGUCGCCGCAAAAGUCAUCAAACGAUUUCUGCUGCACUCGAAGAAGACUGGGUUUGUUGUGGAGCACGACUUCAUUAUGGCUACCUAUUUGGCCGAUCGGGUCAUCGUCUUCGAGGGCGAGCCCUCCAUCAAGACUGUGGCCACAACUCCGCAGACACUGUUGGCCGGAAUGAAUAAGUUCUUGCAGUUAUUGAACAUCACGUUUAGAAGAGAUCCGACGAACUUUAGGCCACGAAUUAAUAAAUUAAAUUCAGUGAAAGACACCGAACAGAAGAGGGGAGGGAACUAUUUCUUCCUCGAAGACUAGGACCCCAUCUUCGCGACCGUCAGAACCGCCACAACAAGAACUCAUUUGAGGACCAAAUUUGGACAAUAAAUGGGCUGUAAUUUUAUCGACAAUUUAUAUAUUGAAUAGAAAUUGUUUCGUAAAUUAAUGUAUAAAUUAGUUUUGGAGUCAAUUUCGUUAUCAAAG